AUGGCUGAGAGCUCUGAGUUCUUACUUCUGCAAGGAGGUCUAUCAGAGUAACCACGAGCUUUCACCUUGAGUUUAACGGUCAUAUUUCCUGCUCCGACAGAGAGGAGGCCUACAAUGGUGGAUUCAUCGCAUGGCCAUGCGAGCUUCUGGACUCAGGCCAACGCUUUGCUUCGGAAAAACUUGACUUUCCAGAAACGAAAUAUCAAGGCCAAUAUUAGGCUCAUAUUAUUCCCCUUUUUGCUCUGCUUGUUGCUGGUUCUACUCCAAAAUUUGAUUAACAAGGAGCUGGAUAAACCCAAAAACAGGUGUGGCUGCAUCUGUAAUGAUGCUAAUGCUACUGGUCAGUGUGAAAGAAAAGCAUGUGGGAUUGAGUAUUCAACUUUAGAUCAAGUGAGUAGCUGUCCCAUUCCUAGUCCCCCAGAGUGGCCUCCCUUGUUGCAAGUGCCAUCUUCUGAGUAUCGUGCAGUAAGAUCUGAUUUUGCUUCCUAUAAAGACUUGCCUGACGCGUCAUGCAGGAAUACAGGGUCCUGUCCUGCAACCAUUCUUAUAACUGGGAAUAAUCAAUCUCUCGGAGAAAGUUUGGCUAAAAAUAUGUUGACUAGUUCUUUCACUUUGAAUUCCUCCGACAUUUUGUAUAGCUUAGCCAAUAUUAUCUUGGGAUCAGACACACAGACUGAAUAUUUCAAUUUUCUUGACCCAGCUUUUGUUUCAACUCUUCCUCUCUAUCAUCUCCAACCUCAGUGCUCCGCAAAUUCUACAAUUUCCAUUCCCAUCCAGAUUGGUAACAAUGCAGUAACACAGGAAGCUAGAUGCGUUCAAGGAUUACGCCUGUGGCGUAAUAGUGCUUCUGAAAUUAAUGAUGAGCUGUACAAGGGUUUUAGGAAGGGCAACUCUGAACUGAAGAUUAAUGAAAUGGUAGCAGCCUAUGAUUUCUUAAACUCGAACUUGAAUAACUUCAAUGUGAGUAUAUGGUACAAUUCUACCUACAAGAAUGAUACAGGCAAUGCUCCUCUGGCGUUGUUGCGUGUUCCUCGCUCAGUAAAUUUGGCCUCAAACGCGUACCUCCAAUUUUUGCUUGGGCCUUCUAAGAAAAUGCUUUUUGAGUUCGUCAAAGAAAUGCCCAAACCUGAAACCCAACUCAAGCUGGAUCUUGCUUCUCUCCUUGGGCCACUCUUCUUUACAUGGGUCAUUCUGCAAUUAUUCCCUGUUAUAUUGACAGCUUUAAUUUACGAGAAGCAACAAAAGCUAAGAAUCAUGAUGAAAAUGCAUGGACUUGGUGAUGGACCUUAUUGGAUGAUUUCUUAUGCUUAUUUCUUUCUGAUAUCCUUGGCAUACAUGUUAUGUUUUGUGAUCUUUGGCUCAGUUAUAGGAUUAAAAUUCUUCACACUCAAUGCCUACAGCAUCCAAUUUUUGUUUUACUUCAUCUACAUAAACUUGCAAAUUUCACUGGCUUUUCUGGUGGCUUCAGUGUUCUCAAAUGUCAAGACUGCUGCAGUUAUAGGGUACAUAAUGGUUUUUGGAACCGGGCUCUUAGGGGGCUUUCUCUUCCAGUUCUUCAUUCAAGAUACAUCAUUUCCAAGAGGCUGGAUCAUUGUUAUGGAGUUAUAUCCUGGCUUUUCUCUGUACCGUGGGCUGUAUGAGUUUGCACAAUAUGCCUUCACGGGAAAUUAUAUGGGGAUAGAUGGGAUGCGGUGGAGAGACCUAAGUGAUAGCAAUAAUGGAAUGAAAGAUGUUUUAAUAAUCAUGUUUGUGGAGUGGUUACUGGUUCUCUUUGUUUCUUAUUACAUAGAUAGGGUAGUAUCAUCAGGACAUGGUUUUGGAAGAGGUCCUUUAUUUUUCCUAGAAGCCUUUCGAAAGAAGCCUUUCUCAUCAUCAUCCACGAGAAGACCCAGAUUUGAAAGGCAGGGAUCUAAAGUUUUUGUUCAAAUGGAGAAACCUGAUGUUGCACAAGAGAGGGAGAGAGUUGAACAGUUGCUACUUGAACCAACAAGAAGUCAUGCUAUUCUCUGUGAUAACCUCAAAAAGGUGUAUCCAAGAAGGGAUGGAAACCCUGAGAAAUUUGCAGUGAGAGGGCUGUCACUUGCUUUGCCUCAAGGGGAGUGCUUUGGUAUGCUUGGUCCCAAUGGUGCAGGCAAAACCUCUUUUAUUAAUAUGAUGAUUGGGCUCAUAAAACCAAGCUCUGGAACAGCUUAUGUUCAAGGUCUAGAUAUACAGAGACAGAUGGAUGAGAUAUACACCAGCAUGGGUGUUUGCCCACAACAUGACCUACUCUGGGAAACCUUAACAGGAAGGGAACACUUACUUUUCUAUGGAAGGCUUAAAAACCUUAAAGGGUCUGGAUUAUCCCAAGCAGUGGAAGAAUCUCUUAAGAGCGUUAACUUAUUUCAUGGAGGAGUUGCUGAUAAGCAAGCUGGGAAAUACAGUGGAGGCAUGAAGAGGAGGCUUAGUGUUGCCAUUUCACUGAUUGGUGAUCCCAAAGUUGUCUACAUGGACGAGCCCAGUACUGGACUGGAUCCAGCUUCAAGAAAUAAUUUAUGGAAUGUCGUGAAACAAGCCAAACAAAAUAGAGCUAUCAUUCUCACCACACAUUCAAUGGAGGAGGCAGAACAUCUGUGUGAUCGACUAGGAAUUUUUGUGGAUGGUAGCUUGCAGUGCAUUGGAAAUCCCAGAGAGCUGAAGGCUAGAUAUGGAGGGUCUUAUGUGUUUACGAUAACAACAUCAUCAGAACACGAACAGGAAGUCGAAAACCUGGCACAGCAUCUGUCCUCGAACGCCAAGAAGGUGUACCAUCUGUCUGGAACUCAGAAAUUUGAGCUACCAAAACAUGAAGUCAGAAUUGCAGAUGUUUUUGGGGCUGUUCAGAGCGCGAAGAGUCGGUUUUUGGUGCAUGCUUGGGGCCUGGCUGAUACUACUUUAGAGGAUGUCUUUAUCAAGGUUGCUCAUGGGGCUCAAGCUGUCGAUGAGCUCUCAUAGUAUAUAGUUUGUUCAAUAACUAACUUCUAAUGCAAUUCUGUAGUGUCAAUUUUUUGAGUUUCUAAGUUGAAAUUUUCCUUCUUUGAUGUAAUUAUCACCCAUGGGAUUGUUUUAAGAUUGCUAUAGCUUCAUUACAAAUACUUGUCUGUACAAUUCAUGAUUUGUGGGUUCUAUUAAUGCAAUUACAAUGGCGGAGUCUCUAGAAAGAUA